AUGUUUAGUCAGAAAAUUAAGAGAGAGAAAAGGGAAGCAGCCAUUAGUGCUUCACUUAUUGCACGAUUGCAGGAGGCAGUGCAGAGUGUCUUGCAACCUGGCAGUAGGGGAGAAUUUUCUGAUGCACGAAGCUCUCCUGCAAGCCUGAACAGAUCCUUGUUAGGCCUUUCUGAUAAUACUAAUGCCCUCUGCAAUGUCUUGGAAGCCAUUUUCAUCCAUGGUUUACGUGACUCCCUUGGGGAGCGGAUGUCCUCGCUCCUUGGGUCUGACCCUGACCGAAUGCCUGUGCCAAAUUUCUGGCCAGUCAUUAUGGUUAUUAGCCACCGAGAUUUUAUGGAACAGGUGAGUGAGCUAUCCUUUAUCACAAGCGAGGUUGGACGGAGCCGUGCCUGGGUACGCCUGGCUCUUAACCAAGGACAAGUGUGUAGCUACCUAAGUGUGCUGCUUCAGGAUAAUCGAACUCUGAAAGAUUAUUAUAGAACCACAGCCUUUCUGCGAGACACGGAAAGGUCAGACAUCAUGUUACGGGUAUUACAACCAAUUUCUACCCUGACUUUCAACUUGGCCACUAAUGCUGCUGUCUUGAAUACAUGGACACAAACACCAUUGGUUUUAGCUGGUCUGUGGGCACCAAGUACACAGUCUGUGGUUGCCGACCCUGUUUUGGCUGCUACUGAUGUUGCCAGUACUGUUUAUGAUCAACCAACAGUUGGGGUAGCUAUACCUGUUGUAGAGACUCCAAUUUGUGAUGAAAUGUUCAAUAUGAUCAUUGGUGGCACUCCUGAAACAAGUUUUAUUAAAGAUUCAGUGGAGAGGCAGAGCUCAGUUGAAGUUAAGGACAAUAAAAAAUCUACGAAGCAUGACCAGAAAGAUGUAAACAGCAGUGACAACAAAUUUGUGAAUAAAGAGGAUGGUAACAUUCCUAGUCCCACUUGUGAGAAUGUAGAAUCUCCUGAUAUACAAGAGAUUAGUGCUCUGACAGAGAGUGCAGAACAUGCUCAGACAGAACUUGCUAAAACUGAUGAAGACCAAGAAAGUUCUGUAGAAAAUUCUGUGGCUGAUUCCUACAGGCGUGGCUGGAGUGUGGACUCUGCUCAAAGUUUAUAUCAGUCGGGUCCUGCAUUUGCAAAAAUUAUUUCAGAACUGGACACUAACAAUCCAUUUUCUUACUUGUGUAAUGAUACAACAGAAAGUAACCAAACCGUUUUAUCAUCAGAUUCAACACCAAGUCAAGAGUCAUCCAGGUCAGAUGAAGCAGAGAAACUAAAUUAUGAGGUAGUUCCACAGCAACCAGUUUCCAAGGAGGAUAUGGAUCGUCUCUUACCGCUUCUAACUAGGCUGACAACAGAGGAAGGCCUUGACUCCCAAGUGUAUCAGUGUUACGAAUGCAAAUCCUAUAUAGGAAUGAUAUAUGGAAAGCCAAGAGUUUGUAAUUUUGACAAGAGGUACUAUUGUUAUGAAUGUCAUGAAGAUGAGGUAGCUAUUAUACCUGCACGUCUUGUUCACAAUUGGGAUCUCAGCACUUAUCCAGUCUGCAAGAAAAAUUCUCAGUGGUUAACUGCCAUUCACCAUCAACCUCUGAUUGAUCUACGAACUGUGAACCCAAAAUUAUAUUGUCAUGUUGAUGAUCUUGCUGAAAUGCAGAUGCUACGAACUCAACUCUUGUAUGUUCGAGCUUAUUUGUUCACUUGUAGAUCAGAUGCAGGAGAUCAGUUGCGCAAGAUGUUAUGGCCAAGAGAUCACAUGUAUGAGCAUGUUCACCUGUACUCAGUAUCAGAUAUGUGUUUGUUAGGACAAGGGCAGCUUGUAUCACGCGUGCGACAAGCUGUAACAUUUGGGAGAGAACAUGUUCACCAGUGUGAAGUUUGCUCGCCUCGAGGUUUUCUUUGUGAACUGUGCUCUGAAAAGGAUGUCAUUUAUCCAUUCCAGCUUGGCACGACUUACACUUGUGGAGAUUGCUACGGCGUUUAUCAUGCAAUUUGUGCGAGAGGACAGAAAGAAUGUCGUCGUUGUUUAAGAAGGCAAGCUCGGAAGGAGUCUGUUGAGGUGCAAAACACAGAGGAAGUGUAACGUUACUUUUUAGUUAAUUGUAUACUUUUAUACAAAAUUAGUCAAUAGUGUAGUCACUGUAGUGCGUGCAGUGGUUUCUCUUGAAAGUCGUGUGUUUUGAUGAAAAUACAUCUGUAUUGAUAGGACCUUUCCAUAACGAUUAUCUUUGACUUAAUUACUGUACAUUAUCAUAAAUGAAGGCUAAUGAAACAGUUGGAGGUAUCUAUAUUGUGCUUGAAAUUGUUAUUGAAAUUGUUAAACAGCAAUUAUGUAUUACACUAUCUAGUCUCUGAAUACAAAGUUAGCCAGGCUGACAAAAUAUUCACUGUGGUUUACUGAGGGUUCUCAUCUUAACUGCACUUUGUAAGAGUGAGUGCAAAGUAUCUUAGCUUGUCACUACACUUGGUGCUCCCCUUUUGCAGCUAUUUCUCACUAGCUUCAUGUAAUUUGUACAGUGUUUUGUAUAAUUUUGUUCUCAAAAUUUUGCAAGAAAAUUUAUACUUCCUAAAGCAUAACAUUUAAGUUAUACAACUCUCGAAUUAUUGUUUAUGCUGUUAAACAUUCACAGUAGAUGUCUGUAGCUGAAGUUUUAACAGAUGUGUGGGGUGCAGAUUUAACUUGCUGUGAUAUAGUCUUUACUACAUGACCAUUUCAUUUACUUAAAAUGAUAAAUUUGCCCUUACAAAUUGUGUAAAUAUUUGCAAGUUAUAUACCAUUAGGUUUCUCUCCACACUAAAGUACAGUAGACUGUUGACUAUGUAUCUCAUCCAGAAUUACAAUUGAGGAUCCUUGGAGGGGUACCAAAGUGUUUUAAGCAUGGAUAAGUUUUCAGAUGUUGAUUGGAAUCAUUUUGUACCUUAGUAAGUAGUGGUAGUGUGAGGAACUGCACAUUGUUGAUGACUGUGGAUGAGCUAAUCAACCGUAUUGGCAGUCUAGUAUCAUAUUUUGUCUUGAGUGCCUUGUAAUAUUUUCAUAAUACUACUGUAUUUUUAAGGUUGGUUUAUUUUGUCAUAAAUGUGUUGUUGAUGUACACUAUACUGAGAAUGAUUUUGAAGUUAUAUACGCCUUUUAUGUUGUUUAUUAUAUAAUAAAGAACUGUAGUAGCUUCCAUUGUG